AAAUAAAAAUAAUAAAAAUAAAAUUGAGCCAGGGGUUUCCUGCUCUAACUAGAGGGGGACGGGUGCGCGCCAAGUGACGCAGGGUUGGUUUCAGUUAGGUCCUGUAAGCAAAUGUAAGCCUCGCUGGAGCUCUUUUCACAUAUUCUUGUUCGACACUUACAAGAGCUACUGUAACAAUGUCUGGAAGAGGUAAAGGCGGUAAAGGACUCGGGAAAGGAGGCGCUAAGCGGCACCGUAAAGUCCUGCGGGAUAACAUCCAGGGCAUCACCAAACCCGCCAUCCGUCGUCUCGCUCGCCGCGGCGGAGUCAAGCGUAUCUCCGGUCUGAUCUACGAGGAGACCCGCGGUGUGCUGAAGGUGUUCCUGGAGAACGUGAUCCGCGAUGCCGUUACCUACACCGAGCACGCCAAGAGAAAGACCGUCACCGCCAUGGACGUCGUGUACGCGCUGAAACGACAGGGACGCACUCUGUACGGCUUCGGAGGAUAAACACGUCCGUGUUACCAUAGAAACCCAACGGCUCUUUUAAGAGCCAC